CCCGAUUUUGAUUAGGAAUACCACCUGUCUGUGUUUCUGUGCGUCUUGCUAAAAGCACAAGAAGGCAAGCGUCCAGCGAUUCUUAGAAAUAUGUUAUAGUUUUCUCUAACGGCAAACAAUGACCCAUUUGGAAUGAUGUUUAAUACUAAAGAGCUGAGAAAUUUGAUUGCGACACAGGCAAGCAAGUCACUUAGCACAAAGCUCAUGAAAGGUGGCAUCAUUGCCGAACGUGAAGACCAAAUAUACUUUGUGCAUAGACUACCCUCUAACUCCUCUGCCUACUUUUUUCCACCACAUAACCAUUUCAAUAAAAACAGAUUUCUGACUGACGUGGCACUGUUGGAGUUGCUAUACCACUGCCUAUCUAAGAAAAUAUUAAUAAUGGCUUUAAGGGCAUGUGGACUGAUCAUCUUCAGAAGGGUGAACCAAGGCCAUGUUUCUGCUAUAACCAAGGAUGAGAUUGAAUUUCUUUUAUUACAGACUUCUUAUGGGGAGCAUCACUGGACACCUCCUAAAGGUCAUGUAGAUCCAGGGGAAGAAGAUCUUCAGACUGCACUGCGCGAGACAGAAGAAGAAGCUGGGCUUGAAAAGUCACAUUUCAGUAUGGUGGCAGGAUACAGAAAGGAGCUAAAUUAUGUAGUAAGAAAUAAACCUAAGACUGUGAUCUAUUGGCUGGCAGAAAUGAAAAAUGAUGAAACUGAAAUAAAACUCUCUAAGGAACACCAGGCAUUUCGCUGGCUGAAAUUAGAAGAGGCUUGCAAACUUGCUGGGUACCCAGACAUGCAGGAAGCACUCAAAGAGGCACAACUGUUUGUCACUGCUUCCCAGUGAUGAUAAUCACUGAAGAUGUCUUCAUUGUGAAGUAAUGUACUUAAACAAAUCUGUCUUUUGCCUGCUGGAUGAAGACAGACCAUCCCCCUUAAAGAGAGUUGCAUAGCACAGUACAGAACCUACAUAUGUGCUGUUUAUUGGAAAGUAAAAGAGUCCAAGUUUUGGAAAGAGAUAUUUCAAGAAAACCUUGUGGUUGUGUUGCAGUAAAAGCUUUACACCACUUUGUGAAAUGUCUGUUGUAAAAUUAAGAUGGGAAGACAUGUGAAACUGGAAACAUUUUUUCCUGAAAAAAAAUAAACAUCUGCCAUAGUUCCAGCAUAGACAUACAUCAUUUAAUAUAGAGAAUAUAUCUCAAAAGGAAUAAAAAAUAUUCUUGUGUGUCAGGUCAAUUCACCCAAAUAAGUGCAUCUGUCAGGAACUUGUACUGAUGAUUUUUUUAUCAGUGAUAAUUGAAAAUUAAAGUUUUCACAGUACUGCA